CCCGGGACAUCUGCAAGACAUCACGCCCUCCUCCCGAAACCUCAGCCACUCCUGAGGAUCCGCAGGAGCGCGGGGAAGGCGGAACGCGCGCCCGAAGACGUUUUAAAGCUGGAACAAGCCUUCUUCUGUUGGUGCCUGAACUCUUGCCUGGGAAUAACUUUUUUAACCUUAAAAAAAAAAAAAAGAAACCGCUUUGAUUCUUCUCUCCCACCCCUUCGCCUCUCCUCUUGUCCGCGACUCCCCCGCCCUGCCGGCCUCCCGUUCCUUCCUGCCCCUUAUUAUUAUUAUUUUUAGUGCGUGCGUGUGGACGCUUUUGCAGAGCUGGAAGGACUUUUUUUUUCCCCCCUGACUUGAGCGCACGGUGACUUCUUCGUUUUAUUUUUCGGCGUGGAUUCUCUCCUCGGACCGCACCGGGCUUGGCGCUUCCGAGGCCGCGGAGGGGCUGCUGGAGCGGGGCGCCCGGCCCUGCCGAGGGGCCCCCGCCCCCUGCCCGCGUUUCCUCGUCUCCCCCCUUCUCUCCCGCUCUCCGCUCCCCCCUCUCGGCCCCACGCGGCUCCUGUCCCCCCCGCGCGCCCGCAGCGUUUGGUGUCGAUUCGAGCGGGAAGAGGGGGGCGGGUGGGACCGGAGGGGGAGACCAUGACCUCCAGCUACGGGCACGUUCUGGAGCGGCAGCCGGCGCUGGGCGGCCGCGUGGACAGCCCGGGCAGCCUCGACGCGCUGCAGGCCAAGAAGAACUUCUCCGUCAGUCACCUGCUGGACCUGGAGGAAGCCGGCGACAUGGUGGCGGCGCAGGCGGACGAGAGCGUGGGCGAGGCCGGCCGCAGCCUGCUCGAGUCGCCCGGACUCACCAGCGGCAGCGACACCCCGCAGCAGGACAACGACCAGCUGAACUCAGAGGAGAAGAAGAAGAGGAAACAGCGGAGGAACCGGACCACCUUCAACAGCAGCCAGCUGCAGGCCCUGGAGCGCGUCUUUGAGCGGACUCACUACCCGGACGCCUUCGUGCGCGAAGACCUGGCCCGCCGGGUGAACCUCACGGAGGCCCGGGUGCAGGUGUGGUUUCAGAACCGGAGAGCCAAGUUCCGCCGCAACGAGAGGGCCAUGCUGGCCAAUAAGAACGCCUCGCUCCUCAAGUCCUACUCCGGGGACGUGACCGCCGUGGAGCAGCCCGUCGUGCCCCGCCCGGCGCCGAGGCCCACCGACUACCUGUCCUGGGGGACGGCCUCUCCGUACAGCACCAUGGCUACUUACUCGGCCACGUGUACCACCGACAGCCCUGCCCAGGGUGUCAGCAUGGCCAACAGCAUUGCCAGCCUGAGACUGAAGGCCAAGGAGUAUAGUUUACAGAGGGGCCAGGUGCCAACAGUCAACUGAGGAAGCAUAAGCAAACAGGCCUGAGAAGAAACCAGAAACCAUGAGACACCUAUCCUGCUCCGUCAUCGCUUCAUCUGCUGGAAAAAAAAUAAUAAAACAAACAAAACCAGAUCUAAGCUAUUGGGACCAUGGCAGAGGAAAGCAGGAGAAGAGAAAAAUGAAAAUGAGUUUAACAGGUGUCCCCCCGGGGUGCCACCGACACUUGUGUCUGUGUGUGUGUUCAUCGUGUUCCCCUUCUAUUUGUGCACCUCGCUUAGCGGACCCCGGAUUUCCUCGGCUGGGCUCAGCCUACUCGCCCCUGUGAUUUUAAGGGCUUUAAAACAUCCGCAGCAGCCAAAGGAACCAUUCACAUAUUCAGAAUAAUUGUCUCUAGCCUCCCCAGUAACCUGUGUGGGCCUCAGCGCCUCACCCCCCCACCCCGCCCCCCGUCCUCUGCAUAGAAGCUCUCCGAACUGCUGAAAAGCCAGUCUUUCUGUGGAAUCUGUACCAGAGGGGAUGCCCUUCAGCGCUGUCUCUGUCUCCAGUGGUCCCUGUAGGGGCUUUUCAUCAGCUGCUGGGGAAACCAGUGCAUACAGCCUCUGGUCGCUGGCCCGCCUGACCCAGCGCGUUUGGCUGUCUGCUAAUUGACUCCAAGCUCUAAGCUCUGGAAAUAAGCUGUAGAUUUGAGCUCUAAACUAUAGAUGAUAAAUCACUACCCCCACCGCCCCUCACCUCCAUCUGAACAAUCAGCCAUCUUAAGUUAAACAUAUGUGUUAUUUUUACGUGAUUUGCUGUCACAGGCUAUUUGGUAAGAGAUAUUUUUCACUUGAGAGAGGGAGAAAGUUUCUCCACGAAAACAAAGACUGAGUUACGGAAGGCAUGGCUUGCAUCUCCUUGGUGCCUUAAGGAUAGUCAGAUGCACACCUAUAUAUAGACUGUAUAUAUUUAUAUAUAUUAUAUAUAUAUAUAUAUAUAAAAUAUUCUUGCAAGCUUGAGUUUGCAGUUUUGCAAACAUGACAAAAAGCAAAGUUCACGCCAUCACCGCUGUUCUUAUCUCUACAGUGAUGGGAUAUUUUAUUAUGGACCGUGUUCCCUUUCUUUCCCUACACAAAAUUCUUAAGGCAACAGAGCAAUUGAUGGGCGACUGAAUGAGAACAGCGUCUCAUUCCCGCAUCAGGGUGCUCGGUAAGUUAACACAAUGUGAGGCUGUAAACGUGCUUCUGAGCUUGGAGCCCGGGCUCUGCUGGGGAGCCGACCCGCCCCGAUCGCCCACAGGAAUCACUGAGAGGAGGGAAGGCCGUGUAGCCAUCCGCCCCUUCUCUACCCAGUGAGAAUCGGAAAGACACACAUGUGUAAGUGGAAUAGUUAAAGGUUUGUCUAAAUUCCAAAACUUCCAAAGGCAGUUGUGGGCUGGCUUUCUUUUCUAAUAUUCUGAGAGAGUUUAGUGUCGAGGGACUGGGAGCCAGGACUGACCCUGCUUUGCAUCCUUCCCUUUGUUUCCAGCCGCACUUUUCUAACUUGCCAGGUGGACUUGACCAGCCACAUUACCAUGCGGUGCCUCGGUUUACCUUUUCGCCAAGUGGGUCUAAUGACGCCUACCUACCUCACAGGGAUGUUGUGAGGCUCUGCUCCUCUGCUCCUUCUCCCCCAUCUUCUCUGUGUGUCCAGCACUUAGGAGCCGUGCGAGGAAGAGGACUAAAAAUGUAUACCAUGUUAAUGGAAGACAUGGCACCUGGAAGCCUUGUUUUCUAGCAAGGAGAUGCUACCUUGCUGUAAAUACUUAUAACCUUGUAUGUGGAAAUAAGAAAUAGGUCUUUAUUGAUAGACCAGACCUCUCAAAGAUCAUAUCAUUUGACCAAAGAAUAAUUAAGACGCACAGAAUAAUAUUUGACUUAUCUUUUCAUCCUAACCAGCUUGGUUCUAACAGUUUCAGCUGUCAGUGAUGAAAAAAUUUUAGAGGGAUUUUGGCCAAAUAUACCAACCUAGUGUGACAAGCAAGGAGUUUUGAGUUUAAGAUGCACUUUUCAGCACACACUGGCUAUUUGCCUGAUGGAGCUAACAAUGGUGGUUAGUUUUUCAAUCAAACAGCCACCAACCUGCAAAUGGAUUCGAAUGUUGAUUCUGGACUUCUUUUGAUAAGAAGGAGGCCCAUCUAAUGCAUUUUGCUUUCACCAACUGACUCCCUCUUUUUUAAACCUACUUACUAUUAAAACAUUUCUUACUGAAUGGUUCAUGUGGGCUGGCUGAACAACACACAUUACUUAUUUCCUAAAGAGUCCUUCGACUAAUUAUUUGGUCCCACUUUGGUUGUGGAUUAUCAAAUUACAAAAGAACCAUGUAUCCUAACAAAUUUAAACACCCUUUGUGAAGUGACUGCAAGUUAAGAAAUUGGUGAAUUUUGGGGGUUGGGGUCUGGGGAGAGUAUCUAAAAGAUGAUUUGGGCUUUCUUGCAGGGAACAGAAAUCAUACCUGAAAGGGUUUUGCUAGGAAAGGGGAUACUUAGCAGAGGGAAUAAAAGGAUAUCAUGUGAAACAAAGUCAUUUAAAGAUUUCUCCUGGACAUCCAUUUUCAGUGGUGGGCAGAACAGCCUGAACCCAUAACCCGAAUGUAGGUGAAACAAGGCAGUUAUAACCACCAUCUGGGCACCUAGAGGCUGGGCACCUAGAGGCGCAUCACCAGGGCUGGUCAGCCAGAAGGACACUCCGUUCUGGUGAAUUCAAACCGUGGGCGCCUGUUAUCUAAGCACCUGAUCAAGAAGUAUACACACGGUGCAGGCACUCAGUUUUGUUCAGUUAUUAUUGAUUUAAAAAGAAUCAAAGUUUGAUAUGUGAUUAGGAGUAAGGGAAGGAUUUGGAGCAGUAGCCUUCUGGACCCUAAGCCAGGUGCCAGCCAUGGGCCAAGGAGUUCACAGGCAGAGCCGUGUUCGUCACGUCACCGGACACAGGUCCAGACGAAUACUCACGACCCGUCUGCGUCCCCAGUCCCUUCCCAAACAAGGUGCGAUCUGUAGGAUAUUUGGUGUGUCAAAUCAAAGCAGAAGAGGUGACAAUAAAAAACGGAAUGACAUUUAGGGUAUAAAGGUCUCGUAAGAAAUGUAAUAUGUAAGUUAUAUCUUGCUUUAUGAUGUAAAAUACACAUUGUUUGUGCUAGAAUAGAAAUGAUUCCUUUUCAAUAAAAAGAAGGAUGCUA